CUUUCUGUUUACCGAAGUACCCGUAUGUUCGGUUCCGAGAAUUGAACGUUGUCUACGAAUGGGGAAAUUCCAGUCAAUUUUUCAGUUUUGCAGCAAGUCGAAAGUUUCACAUAGGCUUAUCAUAACAAUUUAUGAUGUCGAGUCAUCAAGACGAUAUGCCUCUGCUUAAUGUUGCAGUCAUUGGAAAAAGUGGCACAGGAAAAUCAACAUUUAUAAAUGCAUACUUUGGGUUGCCACACACUGAAGAUUAUGCAGCUAUGACCGAUGUUGUAGAAUGUACACAAAUAACAACGCCCUACUAUCUACCAGGCUGCGAUGUUGUUCUGUGGGAUGUCCCAGGGUUUGGUAUUCAACGCUGUCAAGAUGAUGCAGAUUACAUACACAAAAUUAAUUUGAAAAACUUUGAUUUUUACCUGUUGCUUUCUUGCAAUAAGACAGAUGAGUAUGAACUUUUACUGCACAAUGAAAUAGCUAAACAAGGAAAGCGAUACUUCUACAUAAGAACCAAAUUUUACACAGAAUUGAAAAAUGAUAAAAGGGCUAACGGAGCUUCAUUCAGUGAAGAAAACACCAGGAACAAAAUAAGGAAGGAGAUUACAGACACGUUCCCUGAUGUUCCGGUUUAUUUUGUUGAUUCCCUGAAACCAGACAUGUAUGAUUUUCCCAGUCUGAAGUUACUUGUUAAAGAGGGGACACUCUUUUCAAAGUCCUCUCACCGAGAUGUUCAGCGAAAAGGGGAGUACAUGGUUGAAGUUCGAAAUAAUCAUCGGUGUCCAGUUACUGAGAGGAAAAAAUGUAUUAUACAGUGAAUUGAGAUAGAUGGAUGGACUGAAGGGGAAAUGAUGCUUUACUCCAACAUAUGUUUGAAAAAAACAAAUAAUUAUGCAAUUCGAAAAUGAAAGUUUUAAAAGAGAAAGCUGGUGUUUGAAAAACUUUUAACAGCAUAUGUGAGAUAGAUGGAUGGACAGAUGAAAAAUGAGGCUUUACUUCAACAUAUGUUUAAAAAAUCAAAUAUGCAAUUUGAAAUAAAAAUGUGAUGUUUGAAAAACAAAAUUGUGAUGUUUAUAAAAUAUGUGGAAAGUUUGAAAAAUAAAUGAAAAAAAUGUGAUGUUAGGGGCCAUUCAAGUAUUAUGCAAUGCUGGAUGGGGUGGGUGGGUGUAGGUAUAAAUGUUGCAUAUAGCGUUACACGGGGUGGGUGUAACACACAUUUUAAAAAAAUGUAUUACUAAAAUCUUUUAUUUUGUUUUGUGUGUUUCAUAAACACUCUGUCACAGCGACAAUGUUUAACAUAGUUAGGUGUAUACAUACAAUAUAUAAGGAUUAUAAAUCAAGUUGAAAUGCAUAUCUGCGCUUUCCCAAAUGGCAAAACAGUAUGUUAAAAUUAUAUUACACCCAUUGCAUGACUUGUUAAAGCGUUAAUACUUAUGUAGUAUUUUGGGGGUGUAGGGUCUAGCGUUAUAGGGUUGAGGGAGGGUGUUUAAUUUUGACCAAAAUAGUGUUACAUAAUAUUUGAAUGCCCUGUUAGAAAAAUAAAUGUAAAGUUUGAAAAACAAAUGUGAUAUUUGCCAAUAAAAAUGUAGUUUGAAAAAAUAUGUAACAAAUGAGAUAUUGGAAAAACAAAUGUAAAUUUUAAAAAAACUUCUUUUUUAUUUCAACCAAGUGUACCUAGAGAAAAUAUUGCAUCAAACUCACUAAAAUAAACUAAUAAUGAUGGUGCCAACCACCUCUCCCAUGUGAUCAACAGUGGAACAGCCCUUGCAAUGAAAGGAAACCAACUGGAAGAUUAUAAAUGUCAUCAAUUAUAACUUUUGUAACCCCUCAGUGGAUCUAUUCUCAGAUUGGGGUUUUCCCACUCCAACGACUGCCCCAUGACAGUUAUAUCAAAGGCUUCGGUAUGUGCUGUCAUGUCUAAGAAACAUAGGUGUCCUCAAAGAUAAUGUUUCAGAAUUAUAAAAUGUUUGACAUCCAAUAGUUGAUGACUGAUGGGGAACAUGGGGAAAAGCUUUGGAGCUGCUAUGCAUUAAAGGGAAACCAUACUAAUGUAUGCAGCACCACUAUUUCGUUAUCUAUGUUUCAGGUAUUUCAAGCUGUGACCGUAGAAAAUAUUCAUUGUCGAUUCGAGAUCAGUACAUUUUUAAUAUCUUAUAUUCAUUUGCUAAUGCCUUGGGUCAAAAAUGACAUUUGCGGGAUCAAAUGGACAAUAACACCCGCAAAUCUAAAAACUCCAUAUGGUUAUCUCCUAAUUUAAUAGUUUGUAUGAUGGAUAUUAUUUUAAGCAACGCAACUAAUUUUUCCGUUUCCUUGUAUCCCAACCAGUGCACCAUGACUGGUAUAUCAAAGGCUGUGGUAUGUGCUAUCCUGUCUGUGGGAUGGUGCAUAUAAAAGAGCCCUUGCUACCAAUAGAAAAAUGUUGCAGG